AUGAAGAUCGUCGGAGGAGGUGUUUUAUUUGUGGUGUUGGUGUUUUUGGCUGCAGGACCAUUUUCGCGAGUAGAGGCAAAACGUAUUAAACCCGUUACUCGAGCUCCUAAGAGGAGUCAGGUGGGUCGUGUGGUGGGCGGUGGCACUGCGGAAGAGGGUUUGGCACCCUACCAGGUAUCCUUGCAAACGGAAUGGGGCCACUUUUGUGGCGGAGCCAUUAUCGAUAAGGAUUGGGUGCUGACAGCUGCCCAUUGUGUUGUUAACAAAUAUGUAGAAGAUAUCAUCGUGAUGACCGGAAGUCAAAAUUUGGUGAAACCUGGUCCACUCUAUUAUGCGGAUGCAAAAUAUGUCCAUUGUAAUCAUGAUAAACCGAGUAUGCACAACGAUAUUGCCCUGCUGCAUUUAAAUUCGAGUAUUGUUUUCAAUGAGAAAACACAGGCUGUGCCGUUGCCCACUAAACCCAUGGAAGAUGGUGCUGAUGUGUUGCUAACCGGUUGGGGUUCGGAGGAGCUUUGGGGUGAUUCACCGGAUCUCUUGAAGAAAGUCAAUUUGAAGUACAUGGAACACAGUCGCUGUAAGGAGGCCAUGAAUGACGAUCCCGAUGUAGAUUUCGGUCACAUAUGUACCUAUACGAAGGUCGGAGAGGGUUCGUGUCAUGGUGAUUCGGGUGGUCCUUUGGUCAGUGGUGGUUAUUUGGUGGGUGUGGUCAAUUGGGGUAUGCCCUGUGCCAUUGGAUAUCCUGAUAUGCAUGCUAGUCCGCUGUUUUAUCACGAUUGGAUCCGAUCGAAAAUGAGCGGAAAUCGAAAGUGUUGA